AUGCCUUCAAAGCGAGGACUGUCCAGAGAGGAAAUCGAUGCUCUUUUGGACCUCUCAUCUGAUUCUGAUGACGAUUCCGACACAGAUGAUUGGGAGCAACUACUCACCGACCUUGACACUUCCAGCAGCUCAGAAGAAGAGAGUGAUGACCGUGAGCCUGUGCGUGCUAAUGGCGCUUCAACAAGCUCUGCUGCAAGGACCCUCUCGAAGACAUCUGCCGCGAGAACGGAUAGCACAGUGUGGAUUGCCGACAAAGACAACGACUAUGCAGCAAAGCCUCCCGAUUUUCUUGGUGAGCAUAGGGUCAACGUGCACGGUACACUUCCGAUUGACUACUUCCUCGCCGAAUUUCCGGACUCAUUGCUGGAGCACAUUGUUUUUCAAACAAAUUUGUAUGCAGUGCAAAAAGGCAAAGAUAACCUACGGUUCACUUUACCAGAGCUAAAAGUCUUUCUUGGCAUGUGCUUGGUAAUGACUUACAUCAAAUACCCAAGAAUCAGGAAUUACUGGUCCACAGAAUCGGGCCUUAGGAUGGACAUUGUCGCCGGUUCAAUGCCUGUAAACCGUUUUGAGGAGAUUCGAAGAUUCCUUCACUUCAACGAUAGGACCGACACUCUAAGCUACCAGAAUGACCGCUUGGCUGGGAUGAGGCCAGUCAUUGAUGCACUCAACGAAGCAUUUUGUUCGGCAGUUGAUUCUGAGGAAUACCAAUCCGUGGAUGAGAUGGUGAUACCAUUCAAGGGGCGCUCCUCCAUAAAGCAAUACCUCCCAAGUAAGCCAAAGCGCUGGGGCUUCAAGGUGUGGGUGAGAGCAGGAGUGUCUGGCUACAUUUAUCGCUUUGAGGUAUACCAAGGGGCAACUGGUGGGCGAGCCAAAGUUUCAAGCGAAUUUGGCAUGGCCGGAGACGUUGUCAUCAGGUUGUCCGAGGGACUUGAAGGGAAAAAUCAUAAACUUUAUGCCGAUAACUUGUUCACAUCUAUAGCGCUCGUCCGAAAACUCAGAGAGGAUGCAAUAUGGUUUGUUGGGACGUGCCGUACAAACCGUCUGCAAGGAGCGGAUAAAAAGCUAAAGCCCUUGAAGGAGCUCAAAGCAGACGGAAGGGGAAGCACAUCAAUUUGCACCUCAGCAGACAACAUCACAGUGACAAGGUGGCUGGACAACUCGCUUGUUCAUGUUGUUUCCAGCUAUGCAGGACGGCAGCCCGAAGGCACUACCAAAAGGUACAAUAGAAAAGAGAGCAAAUUAAUGGAUGUCACCAGGCCGUACUCCGUGGAAGUUUACAACAAACACAUGGGUGGUGUCGACCUCAUGGAUUCCUUGAUUGCAAGGUACAGAAAUGACGUCCGGAACAAAAGGGGCUACUUGAGAAUGUUCUUUCACCUACUAAAUGCAGCAGUUGUGAACGCCUGGAUUGUGUGGCGGUGGGACAAAGGUGCGGAGCAUUAUAUGGACCAACUUGAGUUCCGAAGUCGCGUUGCCAAGGCACUCAUAUUUCGCGGCGAAGCAGCACAGAGGUCGAAGCGACGAGGCCGGCCAUCCUACGAUUCUUCGCCAGCGCCUAUAAGGAAGAGAGUGCUCCACCAUGUGUCCCUGGAAAAGAGGUUGGACGGCGGGCGCCAUUUCCCAAAGAAGAGCGACCAAAAGUACGCCAGCCGCUGUCGAAGUCUCGCCUGCCGCAGCAAGACAAGAUACCUCUGCGGUCGCUGCAACGUCCCUCUUUGUCCUGAGUGCUUUGAGUCCUUCCACAGUGCAUAA